CGCAGGCGCCGGCGGCCGCCUCCAGAGCAGCUGGCCCGGGCAUGGCCAGGCGGGCUGCGCUGGGGGACGCGGCCGCUGCUGGGCGCAGACGGCCGGGGAGGAGGCGCCGCGCUCCUGCCUUCUAGGCGCUCGCUCGCUCGCCCGGGGCCCGGCUGGCAGCGCCGCACCGGCACCAUGCGCCAGUCCCUGACUCAGCAGCGCUCCAGCGCCGUCCCCCUGCCUGACUCCGCGGGGUCAUUCAAUAGAAGAAAAAGAAAUUCCCUCUACGUAACUGUGACUCUCCUCAUUGUGUCAGUAUUAAUUCUUACGGUGGGCCUAGCUGCUACAACAAGAACCCAAAAUGUGACUGUUGGAGGUUAUUACCCUGGGGUUAUUCUUGGUUUUGGGUCAUUUCUUGGAAUAAUUGGAUCAAACUUGAUAGAAAACAAAAGACAAAUGCUAGUUGCAUCCAUUGUCUUCAUCAGUUUUGGAGUCAUUGCUGCGUUCUGCUGUGCCAUAGUUGAUGGUGUCUUUGCUGCCAGACACAUAGAUCUUAGGCCACUGUAUGCAGGCCGAUGUCAGUAUUAUUCCAAAAGUACGACUCCACCCGAGGGGGUCUGCAAUCCACAGCGCCGGGGACCUUGCACACCUAAAAUAAAAACCAACACCUGCUUCUGCUGUGACCUAUACAACUGUGGAAACAGAGUGGAAAUUUCUGGUGGGUACUAUGAAUAUAUUGAUGUCAGCAGCUGCCAGGAUAUCAUUCACCUUUACCACUUGCUCUGGUCAGCGACAAUUUUGAACAUAGUUGGAUUGUUUCUAGGGAUCAUCACAGCUGCAAUCCUUGGAGGCUUUAAAGACAUGACUCCCUCCCUUCCUACACUGAACUGUACAGUUGAAAACGCACAUCCCUCAGUGUCCUAUUACUCAAGGCCACAGGUGACUUCUUACAACACUUACUACCACAGCACUCCUCAUCUGCCACCAUACUCAGCGUAUGACUUCCAGCAUUCCAGUGUGUUUCCAACCUCCACUCCUUCUGGCCUUUCAGAUGACCCCCAGUCAAUGUCACCAUCUCCAAGCUACAUGUGGUCCUCCAAUGCUCCUCCUCGCUAUUCUCCACCAUAUUUUCCUCCUUUUGAAAAGCCACCACCUUAUACACCAUAAAGAAAAAAAAUGUGCUUUUGAAAUAAUUGUGAACAUUUUGUAUUUAUAUUUUAUUGGGGUGGGAGAGAACAUUACAGAAGACAAUAUAAAAUACUGGAUUCUGUUCAUUCUUGCAAGACUUAUGUAGGGGUUUAACAACUGUGUAUAGAGCAAGGAUUAUUUCAUUGAUGCUUACUAGUGUCAGUGACUAGCGGGUGACCUAAAUUCAGGCCUCUGUUUUACAAUAUGAUUCACAGUAGUCCUUGGUUUUUAAGAGGUGCUACCUGGUCAGACUAUUGAUCGCAGUCUGCCACGCUUCAUCUUGAGCUGAGCAGUCACCUGGAUAAAUAUGGAGUGGGGUUAGCCAAAACCAGGAGUUGCCCCAGCCUACUCUUUUGCUCUAAAGGUGAGGGUGCUUGCAAAUCAGCUCUGAUGUUAAUUUUGUUUGGCCUUUCGCUUCCUACUAGAUGGACAUUGCUGGGCUGUGGAAUGUAGUUCACAUCUUUCAUUGCCUACAGUCUACAUCCUUAUCAAAGGAAAAUCCAAAGAAGAGCAUGAGUUUCUUAAAACAGAAUACAAACGGAUGGAAAAAUAAUUCUAUAGGAUAUGAUGUCCUGUAGUAGUCCAACAACUGGAAUAGCGCCUGCGGAAAGAGAGAACUGCACUAGGCAGGAUGGCUUGUUUCAGGAUGCAUCAUAAGGUAGGAGGUGUAAUAUUGAACAGAGUAUUGUUAGUUCUGGUAUGUAUAAAUAAUAUAAAAGUCACACAGUUUGGGUGGUUGUGUAUCAGCAAUUGGAUUGUAGAUAUCUCCUAAAUAGAAAGAUGCAGUUUUCUGUGUUCUGCUAAGCAAAAGCAUCCGAUACUGUCCACAAGUCAUUUCAGCAAAACCAUGGGUUUUCCUUCUUUUGGUUGGGAAAUUUUUAUAGAUUGUUUUGAGUCAGCACCCUGUAUAAGAACUUUUUUAGUGGCUGUAUUACAAACUGCAUGUCAUGAAUUUCCACUUUUUGUUCUCAAGAUGUAAGUCUCUUGUGGAUAAAAUUCAACACCACGUACACAAUAGCCUAGGACAAAGUUGAUAAGAAUUUGCUGUUAUCGUUGUGACUUUCUUUUAAUCUUCAAAUGAUAAUUGUGCUGAUCUAGAUUUCAUGCAAGUUUUGCAUGCAUCUUGCCUAACAAAAAAGAUCCUUCUUAAGUGGCACAAUGCUCCUUUAAAGUGUGGAUAUUUGGUAACUUUCAGCUCAGAACCACUCACUCUGAGCAUUCCAUCUGUUUACUCUGGGGAUAAAAAUAAGGCAUCUGCUUUUUGCUUGUUAUACCGAAAAGGCUGGAUUCUAUUUCAGCUCCUGCAUCUAAAGAAGUGUAAACUGUAAGGCUGCAUUUACACCUGUGUCACCUCAAUCCAGACAAAAUGUAACGGAGAGCAACAUUCGGCUUGUAGAGUUUUAUGCUGUUAUGUGAGCCACAACUAAUACAGUUGGACUUGAGAGUGCAGCAUCUUUCUACUUGCAACCUAAGCAAAUGUGAGAUGGUGUCAGAAAGGAAGAUACAGGUGGGACCCACGAUGUCACUUCCAGAGUACAACCACACUUUCAUGUGCUGCCUUUAACCCUGUACAUUUGCAAAGCAUUUAGGCAGUUUUUUAGACUCAUCAUUUCCCUGUCAGAUACAAGUCCGUCUAGUCUCAAACUCAAAAGAGAAUCAAUUGUUCAACCAGAAGCAAAUGUAGAACUUCUCUCUGACAACGAAAUAUUUCUUCUUAGAAAAUGGUGGGAGGAGGAGAAAUACAUGCAAGAUACUCACUGGAUUUAAAGCAGUAGUGUAUGCCGAACAUGUUCCAGUAGACCCCCCCCCCCGCCCAGCCCUCCCCAUUAUAUAUGGUUUAAAAUACAGCUCCCGUAAGUUUGGACACCAGAAAUAAAUUAGCACACUAAUACCCCUUCUGGUCUAAAUUAACCUCACAGCUGUUCAACUCAAUCACAUCCUUAAAAGAGACUUUGCAUGCAUAUAAAAAAAAAAAAAGUGACAGCACCCAUGGUACAACUCCC